CCUAGCCUGGGUGUCUACGGAAACCCUUUGCCGUGGUUGGUAGAAUUUCAGGAACCAUUCCUUCACCUCAUCGCCGUUUCCUUCUUUCUUCCUUUUCCUUUUCCAUUUCCAGAAUGGCUGAGAGUACGAGUGAUGAAUCAUUGUUGGCUCGUAUCCAACAAUUGGAACAGGAGCGUGAUGAAUUACGUAAAGAUAUAGAACAGUUAUGCAUGCAGCAAGCUGGGCCUGCCUAUCUUGCUGUGGCUACCCGAAUGCAUUUUCAAAGGACAGCUGGAUUGGAGCAGGAGAUUGAGAGUUUGAAAAAGAAGUUGGCUGCUUCCUCUAGAGACAAUCUAAAUCUACAAGAGGAGCUUUCUGAGGCAUACAGAAUUAAAAGUCAACUGGCAGAACUACACAGUGCUGAGGUUUCAAAGAAUAUGGAAGCUGAGAAGCAGGUCAAGUUUUUCCAAGGUUGUGUGGCUGCUGCUUUUGCUGAAAGGGAUCAAGCAAUAAUUGAGGCUGAAAAGGCCAAAGAAAAGGAGGAGACAAUGUCACAACAAAUAAAUGGCAUAGAUAAGAGGGUAGAGGAGCUCACCUCAAAUUGUCUUAAAUUAAAGGAACGUAAUGAUGCUCUGCAGAUUGACCAAGCAGUGCAUAUGAAGCAAAAUGAAAAUUUAAAGGAGGUAAUCAAUAAGUUCUUUCAAAUCAGGCAACAUUCUCUGAAAGAAUUUGAAGAUGCAAGUUGGGAUGAGAAAUGUGCAUGUCUUUUAGGUGACCCUGAGGAGGUGUGGAGUUACAAUGAUGCUUCCACCUCUAAAUACAUUAGUGCAUUAGAAGAUCAGCUGGAGAGACUAAGGAGUUCUGUGGAUUAUCUUCAAAAUAAAUUAAGGGUGGGCUUGGAAAUUGAAAAUCAUUUGAAGAAGAGAGUCAAUGUACUGGAAAAGAAACGAAUUUCCAUGGACAAAGUGAUUGAAAAUGGCAUAGCGGACUUGCAACAUUAUCAUUCUCAGUGUAGGGAGCAAAUUAUAAAGUUACUUGGUGAUGGAGAAUCUAGUAUUAAAUCCCUAAUCAAUGUAAUUGAUGAAAGAGUCGAGAGGUUUGGUCUGAGUACUGUACCAAAUUUGACCCCUCAAAGAGAUGCAGAACUAGAAGAGAAUGAAUGUUGUGAUGUGCAUACAAGACCUCAAGCUAAACCUGUCUCAGAGUUGAAGGGGACUAGUCCUAGCACUCUGUCAGCAGAUGCUGGUUUACAAAGUGACGCAUCUGAUGCUUUAGCAAUGGCAUUGCAAGAGAAGGUUUCUGCAUUAUUGCUUUUAUCACAGCAAGAAGAAAGACAUCUAUUGGAGACAAACGUGAAUUCAGCCCUUCAAAGUAAAGCUGAAGAACUUCAGAGGAACUUGUUGCAGGUUACCAAUGAAAAGGUGAAAGCCCUCAUGGAAUUGGCACAAUUAAAGCAGGAGCAUCAAUUACUUCUAGAAAAAUUGGGUCAUGAAACUAAACAAGUGAAAGAUGCAGUCAGCACUGGAGAAAGAAAGCUUGGAACUCGGGAAAGAGACGGAACUUUAAAGAACUUACUGAAGAAAUCAUAUUUGAGACGAUGGAUUGGACCGUUGGAUGUUAGUGCAAAUGAAGUGGACAGUAGCUCAAACAAUGAAGGGAAAUUCUUCAAUCAUCAAUCUAGCAGUAUGGAUUUUGCAAGUUUCCUCAUGUUUAUCAGAAUGAAGAUUGAAAAUGCAACUCUUAAGGAAAGCAUGGAAAGCAUAGAGCAUUUAACUUCAUCAAUUCAUAGGCUUCGACUCUCUCUUUUAAAGGCCAAGGAGUCUGUGACUUCGGAAGGAACAGUUGCCGGUGUUUCAGAAAUUGUUAAUGACGUAAUUCACGAGGCAGAACUUUUAAGGACUGCUCUUGGCAGCUCCUUACCCACCAGUUGGUCGGUUGAGGCAGAUAUUAGUUACAUUGGAUAUGGUGUGGGCAGUGACACGGAGCAUCAGCAAUGCAGUGAUGAGAAGACGGAUACUGUUUCUGCCACAGGGCUCGAAAUGGUUGAGCUUUUGAUUUUUUCAGCUCAGAUUUUGAGGGACUUGCAAACCAAGAUGGUUCCUGCCUGAUGUGGAAGUUCUGUGAAAUGCUGAAUGUGUGAUGUUGUGGUUACUUGUGUGAUGUUCCCUAUAAUAUGGGCAUCUUAGAUGUGAAGUUCCAUGCACGUUGAGGCCGCUGUGCUGCUCUGAUGCCCGUGGGGUCGUGUUGUGAAAUUCCAAAGGAUUGGCCCAUUGGGGGAGAACUUGACAAUUUGUUGAGGGAGAAAAGGAAACCAUGUGCAAGUUGUGUUAGUUUAUAACCCUCAUCGCUUAGCUUGCAUCUGCACUUGCUUGCCUAAGCUUGAGAUAAGAUGAUUGUCGAUUGUUUUGUCACAGUUCGAUUACUUGUGGUGUCUAUAACUGUAUAUUCUCAUUCUAUUAUGUCUGUGUUUAUGCUAAUCUGUAAUAUUUUAAAAAUUGUAAUUUAUUAAUGAGUCGCAUGUUGAGGUUAGCCUGGUUUUUGGGAAUAUUUAAAAAGCUCUUUCAGCAAGAUUUCAUUAAAAAUUUUGAACACAAUAAAUUGAGCAUUUUUUA